AAGAGAAAGAGGGUCAAUCAAUCCUGGCUGGUCUGGUCUUCCUCCAUACAAGCAAGUAAUAAGGCGACACUUAUGAUGAAUGAUGCCGUUAAAAUACCGAUACGAGAUACUCAAGCUAUAUCAUCAAACGCCGAUCUCGUAGCGGGUCGGGCGUGGCCUCGAUACGAAAGAGGAGCAAUCAAUCCCGGCUGGUCUGGUCUCCCUCGAUACAAGCAAGUAAUAAGGCGACACUUAUGA